AUGUGGGGUCCUUUGGUUUCUUCUCAUUUGACCAGGUAUGGCUCAGGAACAGGCAUGAGACCCCAGAAUUCCAGCGCCAUCACUGAGCUGGUCCUUGUGGGGUUUUCUGAUCACCCCCAGACUGAGAUUCCCCUCUUCCUCUUCUUCUCUCUGGUCUACCUGGCAAACUGCUUGGGGAACGCAGCUGUCAUCACGUUAGUGGCUCUAGAGCCCUCUCUGCAGACACCCAUGUACUUCUUCCUCUGCCACCUGGCUUUCCUCAAUGGAUUCUUCAGCACGGUUGUGACUCCUAAGAUGCUCUUCAAUUUUCUUACAAGCAGGAAGGUUAUAUCUUACCCGUUCUGCCUGGCUCAGACCUACCUUACCCUAUUCUUGGAGUCAACCGAGUGCUUCCUCCUUGCGGUGAUGGCCAUAGAUCGAUACGUGGCCAUUUGCUAUCCGCUGAGGUACCUUCUCAUCAUCAGCUGGGCGGUAUGCACAGCGCUGGCAGUAGCAGUCUGGGUCAUAGGCUUCUGUGCCUCAGUCAUACCUCUCUACGUCACAAUCCUGCCACUCUGUGGUCCCUACAUUGUUGAUUACCUUUUCUGUGAACUGCCUGUCCUUCUGCAUAUGUUCUGUGCAGACACGUCUUUGCUAGAGUCCAUGAUGGCCGUUGGAGGGGCUGGCACGGUGCUGUUCCCUUUCCUCCUGAUUGUUGUCUCCUACCUUCGCAUCCUCGUGGCUGUGAUAAGAUUAGACUCAGUUGAGGGCAGAAAGAAGGCCUUCUCAACGUGUGCUUCACACUUGGCUGUGGUGACCAUCUAUUAUGGAACAGGGCUGAUCAGGUACUUGAGGCCCAAGUCCCUCUACUCCGCCGAGGGAGACAAGCUGAUCUCUGUGUUCUAUGCGGUCAUCGGUCCCGCAAUGAACCCAUUCAUCUACAGCCUGAGGAACAAGGAAGUGCAGAGUGCCAUGAGGAGAGUGGUAGAGAGGUGCAAAAAAGCACAAGAAUCACAUUCUAGAAUCUUCAGGAGCUGAGCACUGUAUUCGUUUGCCUCACGGGUCUCGUGUGCACAUUCUGUGAGACUAAACCUCACCAGUAGCAAUUUCAGCUUACCAGAACUGCUGAUGAAGAUAUUCACAUUUUGACAAACUUCCCCCAACAUUUUUGUUUCAUAUUUGUCACCUCUAUAGGCAAAUAAUGAUGUGCAUUAAUUACGAGUCAACAUGUCUGUCAGCUCACUCAAAUAUGGACAAAAAAUCCAAGGACGUGCAUGAGUACAAGAAUUCCAUGUCAACAAUGCUGCCACUGAUCGAAUUCUUUAUUUUAUAGUUCCCUUUCUCUCUCUCAUUUUGGUUUUGUGAGACAGUGGCUCACUCUGCAGUUCAGGUUGGCCUUGGCUUCCUGAGGGCUGGCACUGAUGAUGUAUACCACCACA